AUGUAUUUUUAUAAUAGAGAAAAGAAGGCAAUGUAAAAAGGAGAUAUUAUUAGAUUAUUUUAAGGAGGCAUGAUUCAUAAUUUAUAGCAAAUAUUUUAUUAAAAAGGUAUUUUAAAUAAGACUAAAGACUUUUUAAAUUAAAUUUAAUCUAAAAUCAUAUAUCCAAAUUACAGAAUAAAUUGA